AUGGCCUUCCCAGGGGGCGGCAUGCCGCCUGGGGGGCUGGAAGGUUUGCUUGGUGGUUUGGGAAUGGGCCCUGGAGCCUUAGACAACAUUUGGGAGAAUCCCAUGGUUACCAGUAUCGCUUUUCAUCCCAGCAAAAUUGAGCCGAGUUAUUUGGAUGUGACCUCUGGGCCCAUCCGCGAUGGUACCUUUACUAUGGCGGAUGACAGCAAGAUUAGCUAUCGAUUCUAUUUGCCACCCAAAGAGGCGGACGUGAAGAUCGUAGUCUACUUCUUUCAUGGCAAUGCAGAGGUUUGCACUGCUAUGGAUGACAUUGCUGAGAUGCUCCACUCACACGGAGCAGCUCUGCUCUCCAUCGACUAUCGUGGUUAUGCUUGGGGCACUGGGCAGCCAAGCCUGAAGAAACUCUGCAGUGAUGCGGAUCAAUGCUUCCGGGCCAGCCAAAAGCUGUUGGCAGAUGCUGAAAUUUCGAAGGCCAAGCGUGUGAUGUUUGGCCGGUCUAUUGGGGCCACCUGUGCGGUGCAUUUAGCGAAGUCGCACACGGUGCAUGGUUUGAUCGUGGAUAGCGGCUUGAUGUCCAUCAAGCAGUUGCCCACCGUGCAGAUGCUUGGGCCCAUGGUCUUCCAGCAGCAACCGGAGCUGUUCCAGACGCUGCCGGAGCCCUUCGACACCCUGGGGAAACUUCCUGCCAUCAGCUGCCCGGUACUAGUGAUGCAUGGCGACAAGGACGAGAUUGUUCCGUACAGCCAAGCUGUUCAAUGUCAUCAGAGCUUAAAGACCUCCCAGAAGAAGUUGCAGUGCUGGGCAGGUGCUUCUCACAAUGAUGUGUGGAUGCUGUAUGCCGAGCCAUGGAGACGAGAAGUGAAAGCCUUGCUGGACCAGGCCCUGUGCUUUGAGAAUCUCUACCCAUGGGGCGUCUUAGUGGAAGCCCAUUCCUUGUCCGUUGCUGAGAUGAAUGGCCUACAGGGUCGGGUUCUUGGUCCACAAGAAGAACGCUUUCGUGUGGAUUUCGGGGAGCCCACCGGCGUGAAGGCUUUGAAGCCCGGCAACUUGAAGAUUAUCGAUUUGGAAGCUGAGAAAGGUGUGGAGGAUUUUCCCGUGGGUGCCACCGUGGAAGCUUUUGGCUUGUCCAAAGCAGAGCUCAAUGGCCUCCGCGGCAAGGUUCGCGGCGCCAAGAAUGACAGGGUAGAAGUGGAGUUCGAUGAUGGGCCAAAGGCUCUCAAGCCUUGCAAUUUGAAGCUCUUGGAUUGUCAAUACAGCAAGGAUCCGGAUCUUCUGGUGGCCCAGAGCUGUGAGGUGGCUUUGGCCACCAUCGAGUACUGGAAAUCAUGGGAGGAGUUGGAAGCACGAAUUGCUGGUGCUGACAGUCAGGAGACACCUGAAGUAGAUGACUUGGGCUCGGCUACGCACGUGUGCAGCAGUGAAAUGGCCGCCUAUUGUGCACAACGAGCCUACUUGCCAGACCUCUCUGUUUUUUUCAAUCGCUUCAACAUCAGCGCAGAGUUCUAUGCCACACAGUGGUUCUUGACGCUCUUCGCCUACUCAUUGCCAUUCCCGCACCUAUUGAGGGUCUGGGACAACUUUCUUUGUCGCGGGAUAAAGUUUAUUCAUCGUGUUGGCCUGGCAUUGCUCAAAGAGGCAAAGUCGGAUCUACUUGGCCAGAACUUUGAUGGAGCAAUUGAAAGGUUGCGCUUCUUGUGUCAACGGUCCCAGCUCUCUCCUGAGGCCCUUGUGGCUUUGGCCAUGGAGUUUAAGGUGACCAAUCGCUUCCUGAGCGACCUGGAGCAAGCAAUUACCAGUCCCAGUGGUGGUUCUUCCCGGCUGCCCUGCUGCUUCUUGGAGCGCGACUUGGACCGUGGGCGGACGCAGUGCCGUUUUCUGAUGAACGAAAGAGGUCCAGAAGGCCCCUCUGUGGAAGCUGAUGGUGACACCUUCUGGGAGGCGUCGUUGCCGGCGCCGCGAGUCCCUCAAGACCCGGCAGCGAUACCAAGCGAAGCGACCCAGCCGCCCAAGGAGAAGAAGGCAAAAUCACAGCUCAAGUCCUUCGCCAAGAAGUCUCAGCAGGUCCUGAGCAAAGUAAAAGCGCCAGCCGUGCUUAGUCGCAGCUCAGGCUCUCCAGGGCUGGGCUGGAAAUUGGAAACUGGAGAUAUCAAGCGAGCAAAAUCCAACGAGAGCAUGAGCCCUUUGGGGAUUUUCUCCAUAGUCUUGAGACGGUAG